AAAAUAAAUUUGGGGGGGGGGAAAGGGAGAAAAAGAAACUGAGGUCAGACACCAGGCAGAUAAAAGCUUGGGGCCAAGUGUAGGAAGAAGACCAAGGCUCUAGGUUUCAGCCAGGUCCCUGAGGUCAAGGGCUUCCCAGUCUUAGGCGUGCGUGAUCAGGGGGUGAAAUUCUGGGUUUUCAACUGCGGGAGUGAAGGCAGGAGGCAAGUUUGAGCUGAGUGAAUCACAACACUCAGGGGGAAUGGUUGGUAAAAGGGAGAGGUGCUGGCCAGCCUAAGGCACAGGUUACCCAGGCUUGGUUACCAGGGAACUUCAUUCUGGGCUCUUCCACCAGCUCAUUGUGAUCCCAAUCACCUGCCCCAUUAUGACUCAGUCCUCCUCCCCUCCCCCACUAGGGGAGUCUGCCUCCCAGUAUGUGGGGGCUACGGGGCCUAGGUAAUCCUGGGACCCCCUGUCAUGGGUGAACAAGUCUACCAUGGAGCCCAAGCAUGCUCUGGCACCAACCUCAGGAAAUGCCAGGAUUUAGGAGAUUCAAUUCUUCUGAUUCUGGGCAGCUUCAUCUUGCUCAACGUGGGAAUCAAUGUGGUGACUCUGCUCUGGAAGCAUCUGAAGAACUCACUGCGGAUUCUAUUCCAUCACUUUUUCCCCAAAGACAAGCAACCUGCUGAUCUAAACGGCCGACCCAUGUGCACGCGUUGUACUGCAGACCCCAAGAACCUGUACUCAAGGAUUUCUUCCCGAUUUCCCCGCCGCCCCAGUUUCCUGUUUGGGCAUGCCAGUCACUUUGACUCUUGGGUACCAGACACAAACGACGAGAACAUUUCUAGGUGCUGCUGGAUGCCACCCCAGUGCGGACAUGGCAGAGCUCCCACGGAAGCUCCAUGGGAAUUGUGGAAAGAGGGACCAAUGGGAGCUGGGGAAGCCCCUCAGGCCACAGUCAUGAAGAUCCAGGAUCCUUUCUUUUCCAGGCCAGAGAUUUCUCCCCAGAUUCCAAAAAUACACAAGCUGAACAUGGUUCCACCUUCUUCACCCCAAGAGAACAAGACUAAAGCACCAGAUGACAGUCCACCCCAUGCUCAAGCCCAGGCUCUAACCUAUUCUUCGACCAACACCCACGAGCUCCCCUCCGCUCCGUCCCAGACUCAGACCUCAGAACCCACUCAACUCAGGGCACAGGGUCUUGAGCACACCUCAGCCUAUACCCCACCAACCCACGCACCUGAUUUUGUCUCAGCUCCUACCCCAGCCCUCGGUGAAGCCCCAAUACCAGCCAAUGCUUCACCCCCAACCCCAUCCCAUAACCCAGCCCCCACCCCAUCCUAUCCCCCAGCCCAGGCCCCAACCCAUAAUCAAGCCCAUAUCUUGGAUCAGGCCCCGCCCCGUAUCACACUCCAGGUACCAGCCCCAACCCAAGCUCAGGGUUUAGCCCACAGCCCCGAGCAACCCUCAGCCCAUACAUUACCUCAGUCCCCAACCCAGGCUCGUGCACAUGCUGCCUUCCAGUCCCCAGGCCGUGACCCAGUCCAAAUCCUAGUACACACCUUGACCCACCCCCAAGCUAAUGUCCCCGAGCAAACAACAUCUCAAGCCUCCACACAUGCCCCACCCCAUUCCCUCCUUCAUUUGUACGACCGCAUCCCAGGGCCUAGGCCGACCCCUGCCCCAGCCCCUGUCCCAGCCCGCUCCCCGGCCCCUGCCCUAGCACUGUCCAUGACCGUGACGACGACUCAAGCCUCUGCUCAUGUCCCUGUCACCACCUCUAACCCUACUCUACCUCCCGUUCCUUCCAUGCUGGCUACCUUUGACCCCGGCUUCUCCACUGGCCACAUGGUCUAUGAUGCCCUCAGAGUAACGCAGAACGCCUCCGAGAACUCGAGGUGUUUCAGGAGCUCGAACACCCUCUCCAGGCCCCAGGAGGUGAAGGGCCUGGUAAAUUCUGGUCCUGCUGAAGAGACACAAAAGCAGCAUGGUGGGGGCCGUGCUGAGCCUCCUGCCGGGCCUAUACUUGGUUACCUGAAGUUGGGGACCAUGGACUGGAAGACCUCGGACAAUGCCAAAGAGAAGUUCCCCCAGCCCAAGACCUCCCUUGACUGUGGCUUUCAUCCUUGCUGCUCUGAGACCAAAGGCGAAGACUCCCAGGCUCCAGUCUACCCCAAGUUCCUGGUCUACACCCAGAACGCCACUCCCUCUAAGCCUUGUUUGCAUACUCCAAGUGCUGCUCAGAGCACACUGCCCGGCACCCCACCUCCGUGCACUCUCGCUCUGCCGCUAGUUUCUCCCAGGACAUUUGCUGUUCCUCAGUCGAACCCUCAGAAGCACUCCAAUUUACCACAAACUCCCACCAUUCUCUCAAACUCCAAGUCUCCUCAGACUGUCUCUUCCCCUCAUUUCUCUGUCCCUUCUCAGUUCUCCACCAUUUCUCAAACCUUAAUCCAACCCCCAAACCCUGAGAAUCAAAACCUUAACCAAGGCUUUGGCCUUCAAAAGACCCCAUCCCUUGCCAAGGAAUCUAGAGUUCCCAGGAACCCAGGCCUUACCCAAGUUCCAGGCCUCCAGAAGAACCCAAGCCUUGUCCCAAAUCCAGGCCUCCGGAAGAACCCAAGCCUUGUCCCAAAUCCAGGCCUCCAGAGGAACCCAAGCCUUGUCCCAAAUCCAGGCCUCCAGAAGAACCCAGGCCUUACUCCAAAUCCAGGCCUCCAGAAGAACUCAGGCCUUACCCAAGAUCCAGGACUCCAGAAGAACCCAGGCCUUACCCAAGAUCCAGGACUCCAGAAGAGCCCAAGUCUUGCCCCAAAUCCAGGACUCCAGAAAAACCCAGACCUUACCCCAAAUCCAGGACUCCAGAAGAAUCUAGGCCUUACCCAAGAUCCAAGACUCCAGAAGAACCCAAGCCUUACCCAAGACCCAGGCUUUACCCUGAAUCCAUGCCUCCACAAGAACUCAGGUUUCUACAAGUUUCCAGGCUAUACUCAAGAUCCUUACCUCUGCAUGAAUCCAAACAUUUCCCAAGACCCUUGCCUUCAAAAGAAUCUAGGUACCACUCCAGAUUCUGGCUUGAGGAGUUCAGUUGCUAUCCAAGAUGCCGGUGCCCUUAGGAACUUAGGUUUCAUCCAACCUUCCAACCUCCACAAGAAUAUAAUAUUCAAUCAAACAUCUGGUCAGAGGACGUUGAGCUUUAUGCAAGACUCUGUUGUCUACAGGAAUGGUGCAUUAACCCAAGACACUGUAAUCAACAAAAAUAAAGGUCUCUCCCCAGUAGGGGACCAAAAGUGGCCAGACUCCUCUCACAAUUCUGGAGGUAACAAUGUUUCAGGAAAUGUACAACAUCCAGGAAUCUGCAGGAAUGUAGGCCUUACCCAAGACUCUAGACCACAGAAGAACCCGUGCCAUACCCAAGACUCUGAAAUUAACAAAAACUCAGGACUUACCCAGGACUCUAGUUCCCCCAAGAGCCCAGGCCAUGUCCAAAUCUCUUACCUUCACAAGAGCUCAGGUUUCACACAGGACUCAGGAGACUACAAGAAUUUAGGCCUUACUCAAAAUCCUGGAAUCUACAGAGUCCCAGAUCUAAACCAAGACACCAACUCCCACAAGAAUUCCUGCCUAAUCAAUGUCACCACAGCAGAAAGAAGAUCAGACCUAAACCAAGAUGUUGGCAUUUACAGUUCAGAACAUGGCCGAGACCCUAACCUUCAGGAGUGCCCAGCAAUCAAUCAAGAUUCUAGCAAUCACCAGAACCCGGCACUUGGCCAAGGCUCUGGCUUCAAGACUUCAGGCCUUACCCAGCAGGUUGGCCCCUGUAAGGACUCAGGCCUUACCCCAGAGUCUGGCCUCAACAAAAAAACCACCUUUGCUCCAGGUACUGGUUCUGCCCAAGUCUUGGGCCCACUUCAGAUACUAAAGCUGGCAUCUUCCCCAGUGAAAUCCCUUGUAUGUAAAAUGAAUCCUCAGAAGGACAAUACAGAGCAGCAGGUGUCCUGGACUUCUGUCCCAGUCAACCAAGGCCCCUGCCCUUCCAAGGCCCAAGUGCUCUCCCCUGACCUGAAAACUUUGUCAGAGGUACCUGUCCUAAUUGAGCUGCAACCACCCUCCCGGCGGCUAGACAGCCAGGACUGGGUGUACCACGCUGUAGAUCCCGUCCCGUCAGCCUGCCAGAAGUAUCGCCAGAUGUCUAUGCCUCCCAAAAUCAACUGGAAGCCCCACUGCCCUGGACCAGGCACCCGGACAGGUCAUGUGGUCUUUGAUUCCCGCCAGAAACAGUUGGCAACUGGCAGGGAUAAGUGUGAGGCUCUGUCUCCCAGGCGCUCUCGCCAAGAAGCACUUAAAAACUCAGAGGAGACCCAGAAGGAAUGGGGAUAUCAAAAUGUGAUGAGGACCUUGAACAAAGAGGGGGCAAAUAUGCAUCAGGAAUAAAGAGGCAAGAGAAUCAUUCUGUGGUUGUUUGAGGCGCUUCAUCCCAGCACUACUACUUGUAUUGACCAUCCUCAUCUUAAAGAGACAUGGAAUUAACACGUCCCUAUUCUUUCUCCACAGCUCCAUAGUCAAGCCCUUUCUCUUCCAGGCUCAAGAGCUGUGUUUUAGGGAAAAAGAUAGUAGCCACUAUCCAAAUGUGACUCAUAGGAUGUCAAUUAAAACUGAAAAUUCUCACCAAG